GCGAUGCAACGCUUGCGUCGUGUUUUGUGACUCGAGUUCAACCGCAGUUGUGUCACGUUGCUGAAUUGGGCGAGUGAGGUGCGCCGAAUGUGAUUGACAAUUGGCUGAAAACGACGAAGGAAGCAAAGCUGUUUUCCUUGCGCGGAGUCGGCAUCAAGAAGCUUGCGUGCAUGGAUGCAAAACAACAGCUUUUCUUUCAUCCCAGUUCACGCUUACUUCCUAAAACCAUCCGCAGCGUUGUGGUUGUGCGUCUGGCAGCGUUCGAAGCUACUACGGGCGGACGGCUGGUGACGCAGGUGAUUGACAGCUGUCAUGGCAGAAGCAACACAGCAGUGCUCGUACGUGUCCUGCAUCAAAAGCUUUGGCAGGCCCAUUUUGCCUCCUCUGAUGACCAAUGAGAAGCGGCUGCUUAUGAGGCAUUUCAAGGCACUCGCCUGCGAGAGGGAGGCAGCGCGUGCAAAGCGCAAGAGGGAAGCGUUUCUCCACACCUUGUGUGAGGCUGACCUCGAGCUGGACCACAGCGAGGACAGCAGCCUUGAUGUGGCGCACACCGCACCACCAUCUCUGGCAGCUGCGGACAGUGGGGCAUUUCUGACAUUGCCUGUUGUGACAGGGCUAGGAAGAGACGUGCGAUGGGCUGCGUCAGACACCCCCGAGACUGGUUCCUCGGCGACCUUGGUGCCCAGCAGCUCAGACUCGGAGGCCGGUGGCACCAGCACGGCAGACUCUGUAGGCAGCAGGCAUGAUGAGGUAGCAGGUCAUCAAAAGGAUGAGACCAGGCUGUCCCCAGAAAAGGAUUUAGUGCCUGGUAACCAAGUUGGACAAAUGGAGGUGCCCGUAACAUUGACAGAGGCAACACCAGCAAUGCCAACAGCAACUACACCGAAGCAGUACCUAGAGGCAGCACCUACAGCGAUGCCAAUGAUAAUGCCAAUGACACUGCUGGAGGUGACAACGGAGAUGACACUAACAAAACAGGUGGCACCGGCAACAACACCGAUAACGAUGCCAAUGACAAUGCCACCUAAAACACCAAUGAUGAUGCCAAUGACAGCACAAUUGGCAUCAGCUGCAACAUCAACAACGAUUCCAAUGACAAUACCUCCUAAAGAACCAGUGAUGACAGCGACAACACAAAUGACAUCAGCAUCAGCUGUGACAUCAACAACAAUGCCAAUAACAAUGCUGCCUAAAGAAUCAGCGAUGACAGCGACAACACAAGUGACAUCAGCAUCAGCUGUGACAUCAACAACGAUGCCACUGACGACGCUGCGUAAAGAACCAGUGAUGACAGCGACAACGCAAGUGACAUCAGCAUCAGCUGCGACAUCAACAGUGACGCCAAUGACAAUGCUGCCUAAAGAAUCGGUGAUGACAGUGACAACACAAGUGACAUCAGCAUCAGCUGCAGCUCCCACAACGAUGCCAAUGACAAUGCCACAUAAAACACCAGUGAUGACUGCAGUGGCAACACAAACAUCAGCCACAACACCAAUGACGACGCCAAUGAUAAUUUCACCAAAAAUGCCAAUGACAACACAAGGGACUUCAGCUGCAACACUAACAACAAUGGCAGUGACAACACCCCUUUCAUCGCCAAUCAGAGAGGAAUGCUUCUCAACCAAAGUGUCGGUGCCCUCACUGUGCCGAUCACGGUCAUUUGUUGUUGAGAGUCCGUCUCUGGCCCAGCUACUGCUGAGAGGACUGAAUCAAGAUGGUCGCAACAGGGUGAAUGGAACCGAUGCCAAGAUUGUUCAGCCAUGCAACUCCCCGACUAAGGAUUCAUUCUAUUUGAACCCUCGCAGCAGUGAGAGAAAUAUGUAUGCCGCAAGGGUGGGAGAACAAACUCGCAAAACAAAAGGCCUCACUAUUUCAAAAACUUUCAUCAAAGCUGAUCGUAAAGUGAACUGUUCAAGUGUUAUCUCACGGUCGACAGAUGACACUACUGAUGAAAGUAGUCACCGAUUAGGUGGUGAUGUCCAACCUCAGAGGAACUCUGUAUGUGAGCCAGCUGGAGAGCAACACGACCUUGCUUCUUGUCGCAGUGAUCCGGACAUUCAUGCACAUGCAGAUGAAAACACUGAAAACACUAGAGGAUCCCCUCCAAUUGUGAAGCCCACAGCUUUACGAGUGCCUGCAUCACCUGACAGAAUUGAACAAGCAUCAACCUUGCUGGGUAAAUGUCACAGUGUCGAUGCAUGCUUCAUUUCUCGUGUCUUCAGUGACACCCUAAAAAGUUUUGCCAAGACAAAUUAUCUUCCCACCCAUGAGACACCCGACGGCAGUUUCAACGUUCCUUUCGACAACUCGUCCAAAGUGACUGGACGUGUCGUGCCUUGGACUUCCUCUAUACUUGACGUGGUAGCUGUAGCCAAAGAUCCUGCUGCAUCUGUGAAAGACAGUGCUGCUGACAAUACUUUGCACAACAUACCUAAUGUGCCUGGGGAUGAUUCAGCAGAGGAAACUGUAGUAGAUGACGUGUUUACUGAUGCCCUCGAUGACAAAUGGGCUGAACUGUCGUCUGCUUCGUUGCCUGGAUUUUUUACCAAAGACAGUGCUGCGACUGCUUGUACCGUACCAAUGCUUGGCAAGACUUUUCUUAGCGACUGGGGCCGAGGUGAUGCUAGUUUUGUGCCAGCAUCACCAAGCUCCAACAAACACUCUAUCUGUUCCUCUAUUAGCAGCGUCCGCUCGUCGUUUGAUGCAGAACGUGAUGUCCUGGCACUUACUCUCAACUCUUCGGGUGAUGUUGAGGAGGAUGAAGAACAGUAUGAAGGUGUGGAUGAACAUCAUGAUGACCAAGCGAAUUCUUCUGCUGAACUGGAUGGAUGUUUAGAAAGUAGUGGAAGCUCAUUGGAUGAGUCAUCUGCAAGUUCUGGCAGUGAACACCUAAAGUCUCUUAAUCAGCGCAUGACGGCAGACGACAUGGUUGCUGCCCACGAGCUAAAGUUGCAGACUUUGUGCCAGACACUCGCACUGGACUACGCCAGGGUCAACCGGAGUGGCUUUUCAGUUUUGCGGGAAGAAGCUGUUUCCAUAGCAUUGAGAGGGGAGGAGAAAUCUUGUACAGAUGACGACACACCACUGGAAGUGCAGAGAGCAGGUUCAAUAUUGCCUCUGAGUGCAGAUGGCCACAGUCUUUGUGGCCACAGCCCUUGUAGCCGCAGCUCUUCUGACCACACAAGCCUACCGGCUGACCUGUCCAUGUUGAGGCACUCAGACGGGGACCACUCUCGAGUGGACUCGUCGCUGGCCAGCACAUCCAUCCACCUAGACUUGCUGUCGGAAACACGACAGUCCCUGCACCCCAGGUGGCGCCGGUGUUUUGACCGACUCACCGCCAUGGCUAGGGGCCACCUGACUCGGAGGCUGAUGAAGACGCAGCGUGUGCAGUCAAUCAUUCAGACCAUCAAGGACACCUUGGAGUGUGCAUUGCGUUUGCAUGGAGAGCCACACAUACGCAGUGGACUGGUGACUCCGCAGGAUGUCGAGCUGCACCAGAGGCUCAUCACGCAGCUCACGUCAGCGUGCUACGAGCUCCAUGAUGUGUUCUUCAACAUUCCGGUUGCCGAGAGGAUGCAGUUGAUUGCACAGCUGCGUUCACAGAAGGCUCGUCCACCUGUGCGAAUCACCAAGGGCUGCACGGAGCAGGCACCAAAGAAGAUCUCCUUGGCCACACAGAAGGUGCUCGAGAGACGGCUCUCCAAGCUGACUGGACAAGGCCAGAACCCGAAAGUGGAGGGCAAGCGACCGACAGCAGUGGUCCGAUCCCAUACCUUCGUUGCGGCCGCUCCAGCUGACACAUGUCACACGGCUGGAGCGGCACCCUCAGGGACCACUCGCAAGAUCUGUCGUCUACCAAUGUACAAAGUCUGAUGUUGAGUUGUCUUGAUCAUCCGCAGCCAGUUAUUUUUUCAGCUGCAGUGAUAUUUUCUCUUUGCUACGCCUUGCCAAAUGUGCCUUUCAGUUGUUUGAUGGCCAGGGGUUUGCAGCCAGGCUGCAAAGUUGAAUAGAGGACCAAAGAGUGCUCGCAUGGCAGAUCUUUGAUCAUCGGGACCAGUCAAUCAUGUGGCAGAUACUUUUAGCCUCACGCAGUAAAUAGCUCUUCAAUGUGAUCAUGAAAAUUUGCCUGUUUUAUAUCAUUCAAGUGUUAUGACUGAUUUCUGAGCCUUCUGCAUGUUGAGUAGUCUGUUAUAGCCUUAUGUGUGUUCAUUAGAGAUGUUUAAUGUUCUAGUAUUCCGGUAAUUGCAGGCGUUCUGGGCAUUUUGCCGGAUGUGUGGAGGCGUAGAAGUGAGUGAGUUGAGUGGUGCAGCCACCUUUUGCCACAGAGCUCAACUAGAGAGAAAGAGCUUGCAGUAACUAAGCAUGUUCUUUUGGGCUGCUGGUUUAAAUUUUCACAUUGGCAUUAUUGUGUCAUGAUUUGCUGCUGCCAGAAGUUUAUACCUGCAGCAAAGUAGAACACACUUGGUUGGUGCAUUAGAUCUGUGUUUGUCUGGUUUAGCUGUAUGCCACUAGGUAGAACCACCUGUCCAGCCGAUCACAACUGUGCCUCCUGCCCAUCUGGUGAAAUGCCCAAUCCACCUGCAUUUACCGGAAUACCGAGUAAGCUAAAACUAUCUGUUCUUUUUCUUCACGCUCACUUUUUUGAAGCUUUCUACUGAAUAAAAAUUUCAGACUGAAA